GAUGAAAUAUCCUACUAUUUCUGAGAUGGCUAGGGAUAUUCUUGCUGUUCCUAUUUCCACUGUUGCUUCUGAGUCGGCAUUCAGCACAGGAGGUCGAGUUUUAGAUUCGUUUAGGACCUCCUUAUCCCCUGAAGUUGUGGAGGCGUUGAUUUGUUGUGAAGAUUGGAUAAGAUCUUCAGACUCCGAGUUGGUGGCUGAUGGAGAAGAUGAGGGUGAUGAAGUGGUAUUUCAAAAUGUAUAUGUAGCUUUUCAAGCUCGGAGUGCAAGUGCACCUGCAGCUGCAGGACCUAGUGGAAGCUCUCAUGCAGGACCCAGUAGAAGCUCUCCUGCUACCCAUGUUUUGGUCUCGAGUCCUACUAUGUCACAAGUGGAAGAAGACUAUGUCGACAACAAUUCCGAUGAGAAUGAUGAGACAUAUGUAGAUGUAGAGCCUGAUGAGGAGUGAUAAUGGUAGUAGUAUUUAUCUUGUAUGGUGGAUGAAUUUUUAUUUUACUUGGAUGUUAUCAUUUGAGAAUUGUAAAACUAAUGUGUUUAAUUACGAGUUUAAGAUAAUCUCAUCUAUGAUUGUCGUAUUUUAUGUUGAACAAAAUUAUUUAUAAUUUUGCGCCAAACACCAAACAUUUUUUUGCAUAUGAUAGU